GCACGGGACCCUCAGGCUUUACUAGAUUCUCUUCCUGCCUUCACUGCGCGGAGCCAUGCUUUCCCACGUCUGGAGGAGGGCAGGGCUGCGCUGGAAGCACACCUCCUCUCUGAAAGUGGUCAAUGAGCCCAUCUUAGCGUUCACUCAGGGCAGCCCCGAGCGGGAUGCGCUCCAGAAGGCUCUGAGGGACCUGAAGGGCCAGACAGAAGCCAUCCCCUGUGUUGUCGGGGACGAGGAGGUGUGGACUUCGGAUGUGCAGUACCAGCUGUCGCCCUUUAACCAUGGACACAAGGUGGCCAAGUUCUGUUAUGCGGACAAGGCCUUACUCAACAAAGCCAUUGAAGCUGCCUUGGCUGCCAGGAAGGAGUGGGACCUGAAGCCCGUGGCAGACCGGGCCCAGAUCUUUCUGAAGGCAGCAGAUAUGCUUAGCGGGCCACGAAGGGCUGAGGUCCUUGCCAAGACCAUGGUAGGACAGGGAAAGACGGUGAUCCAAGCGGAGAUCGAUGCUGCCGCAGAGCUCAUUGACUUCUUUCGGUUCAAUGCCAAGUUCGCCACGGAGCUGGAGGGGGAACAGCCCAUCAGCGUGCCACCCAGCACCAACCACGUGGUGUACCGGGGGCUGGAGGGCUUUGUGGCAGCUAUCUCACCCUUCAACUUCACCGCAAUCGGGGGCAACCUGGCGGGUGCACCGGCCUUAAUGGGCAAUGUGGUCCUGUGGAAGCCCAGUGAUACUGCCAUGCUGGCUAGCUAUGCUGUCUACCGCAUUCUCCGGGAGGCCGGCUUGCCACCCAACAUAAUCCAGUUUGUGCCAGCUGAUGGGCCAACAUUCGGGGACACAGUCACCAGCUCAGAGCACCUUUGUGGCAUCAACUUCACAGGCAGUGUGCCCACCUUCAAACACCUUUGGAAGCAGGUGGCCCAGAAUUUGGACCGUUUCCGUACCUUCCCACGCCUGACUGGAGAGUGUGGCGGGAAGAAUUUCCAUUUCGUGCACAACUCAGCCGACGUGGACAGCGUAGUGAGUGGGACGGUGCGCUCGGCCUUCGAAUAUGGUGGUCAGAAGUGCUCAGCCUGCUCGCGCCUCUACGUGCCACAGUCUCUGUGGCCACAGAUCAAAGGGCGACUUCUGGAGGAGCACAGCAGGAUCAAAGUGGGCGAUCCUGCAGAGGACUUUGGGACCUUCUUCUCUGCAGUGAUUGAUGCCAAGGCCUUUGCCCGCAUCAAGAAGUGGCUGGAGCAUGCGCGUUCCUCGCCCAGCCUCAGUGUCCUGGCAGGGGGCCAGUGCAACGAGUCGGUGGGUUACUAUGUGGAGCCAUGUAUUAUUGAGACCAAGGACCCACAGGAGCCCAUCAUGAAGGAGGAGAUCUUUGGUCCUGUGCUGACAGUGUAUGUGUACCCAGAUGACAAGUACAGAGAGACGCUGCAGCUGGUCGACAGCACCACCAGCUAUGGCCUCACGGGGGCAGUGUUCGCUCAGGAUAAGGCAAUUGUCCAGGAGGCCACGAGGAUGCUGAGGAAUGCUGCUGGCAACUUCUAUAUCAAUGACAAGUCUACUGGGUCCGUGGUGGGCCAGCAGCCUUUCGGGGGUGCCCGGGCCUCUGGAACCAAUGACAAAGCAGGAGGCCCUCACUACAUCCUGCGCUGGACAUCGCCCCAGGUCAUCAAGGAAACUCAUCAGCCCCUGGGGGACUGGCGAUACUCCUACAUGCAGUGAGCUCUGCUCAGCACCUGUGCCAUCCACCUGUCUGUCCAUCCAGAUGACUGACAUCCGUGCACUGACCCCCGGCUCCCGACCAGCUCCUCCUGGACUCCUUACAGCUUGAGCUUGACCCUGUCCCAGUCAUUGGGCUAUAUCCUGACCCUUCCUUAUUUGGUGUCAGGUACCCAAGCUUUGGCUUUGGGUCAUCCUGGGAAGGGAGAGCCAAUUUACCCAGAAAUCUCAUCUGCUAUGGAACACCCUGGUGCCUGGCAAGUUCUUCACCUAUCUGCUUCACUCUCCUCAUCCCAGGCCCAGCGGCUCAGAGAUUCUCAGAAGAAAAAGACACUCGGGACCCUGUGGGGAAAGGAGACAGCUCUGGUGCCCUGCAGGCUCAUCACUCAGACUCCUGAUCUUGGCCUUGACUCCUGCACAUACCCAGUGAGAUAGGACCUCAGUCAGGCUACAGGGGUACUGGCUGGCUUUGCCCUCAGUCUGCUAGAUCCUCCUGCAGGCACUUGUGCCUAGCCAUAUGCCUUAGACCCAUGUGCCUUCCUCUAGAAUGCCUGGGUGUCCCUGAGCCUUCGUCUCUCUUUGCCAUCUCCUGGGAGUGGUUGUCUGGAAAACCUGGAGGUAGGCCUCCAUUUCAUACUCUUGACAGAGUGGCCAGCCCAAUGGUGGCCAGAGUGAGUUCCUACUUGGGUCCUGGAUGAUGGAAUGUUGUUUUCAGUAGUUUGAGAGUGGGCAGAGUUCCCCUUCAAGGACAUUUGUCAGUGGCCACCCAGGUCACCAUCCAUCAUCCAUACUCAAGGGCAGGUACCUGAGCACUGCUUCCGGUCUGUUGUUUUCCAGGGAGCAGGGCUGGGCUGUAAGUGUCUCAACUCUGCUGGUUCUGUAUGGUGAGGGGUGGGGCACACUUACUGCCACCCAAGAAAAUGCCAGCUGCCAAAUCAAAGUUGUGGUUGUGGCGGGAGAUGAGAGGAUGGCUAGCUUCUCUUUCCAAAUGUAACGUAUUGCCAGCAUCUUGUCAUAUGGUGCAGUUGGAUGCCCUUGGUGGGAUGAGGGGUUUCUGAGGCUGGGGAGUCCCUGGAGGUAGUAGUGACUCUGGACCCUGAUGGUUGGGCUAGACCUUGGCUCUCUGUCUCCUACCAAGGUGCUCACCAAAAAUUAUGCAAAUUCCCCAACCUUCCAUCCCUCCAGCUCUAAAUGUCUGUGAUUCCCUCAUGUACACAAAGGAUCAAGUGAGCUAGUCCAUGUGGAUUCCAGACAGCGUUAAGACAAGCUAUCAGAAAUGUCACCUGUUUACCCCGUUAUACCACUGUCACUGUGUACUGCUGUGGUUUAUCUUAUGUGUCAAUUUUGCUGGGCCAUAGUAUAGUGCCCAGAGACCUGGUCAACCACUGAGGAAGUUUCUGUGAAUGUGUCCUUUGGAGAAGACUUAAGAUUUAAAUAAGUAGGCUUUUACAUUUUUAUUAUGUGUGUUUGUGUGUUUGUAUGUACACAUGUGUGUACUGGUGCCCACAGAGGCCAGAAGGGGAGGAUUAAAACAGCUGGGAAUGGUGUUAUA